AAAAAAGCAUUAAUAUUGAAUUAAUCAAUAUUAUUUAGACAUGAAUCACGAUAUUUCAAGUUCUGAGGUCUAUUCUGCUGUUUAUUCUGGAGUACCUGUAUAUGAGAUGAUAUGUCAAGGUAUUUCAGUAAUGCGAAGAAGAUCUAAUUCAUAUUUGAAUGCCACGCAAAUUUUAAAAGUUGCAGGAAUUGAUAAAGGUAAACGGACGAAAAUUCUUGAAAAAGAAAUUUUAGUUGGUGAACAUGAAAAGGUUCAAGGUGGUUAUGGAAAGUAUCAAGGAACAUGGAUUCCUUUUGAAAGAGGAGUGGAAUUUUGUAGACAAUAUGGUGUUGAACAAAUGUUAUGGCCAAUUCUUUCUUUAGAUCUUAGCGUGGAAAAUCAAAAUAAUAAUACACCUACAAAAGAGCAGGCUUUGGCUUUUCGAAGAAAACAUAGUCUCGAUUCUGUAGAAAAUAAAAAAUCUAAUCCUUUAAAAAUAAAACCGUCAUAUGCUACUUAUCCAUCAAGUUCAUCUGUAACCAAUCCUAAUAAUCCGAAAGUUGUUCCUCCAAAAGCUGGUAAUUAUACUUCAUUAGAGUUUCAUAAUAAUGUUCCUGUUUAUCAUUCGACUGCUUAUCCGAAAAAUCAGGUCCUAACUUUAAAUAAUUCUAAAAUUAAUGAGAAUAUUGAAGAAUCUUCUGAGAAGCAUCACGGAUUUUUUAAUAAACCUUCGAAUUGUAUAAUACCUCCUGAUAUUGCUCGAAGAGAGCAUCCUGCUUUUAUGGAUAUAUACUUACAAACGAAUAAUAAGCCUUUUGAGCCUUUGGAUCAAAAAGUCGCACAUAAUUUCCAUAGAUCAAGAAAUAUAUUGACAAGUAUAUUUUUAGAUAAUGAUAUACAUAAUGUUCCUAAUGUUUUGAUUAAUUCAUCUUCAGAUUAUGCUUUAGAUAUAGAUGUAUGCAUUGAUGAAUUAGGCCAUUCAGCUUUACAUUGGGCAUCUGCAUUAGCUCGACUUCCUUUAGUUGCUGCUCUUGUCUAUAAAGGAUCUGAUCCUCGUCGAGGCAAUUUUUCUGGAGAAACAGCUCUUAUUCGUGCGGUAUUAGUUACAAAUAAUUUAGAUCAAUCUACUUUUUCUGAACUUCUUGAAUAUAUAUAUCCGGCUAUACCUCUUGUUGAUCAUCAGGGAAGGACGGUAUUACAUCACAUAGCUUUGACAGCAGGAAUAAAAGGUAGAAGUGCUGCGAGUCGUUAUUAUCUAGAGACUUUACUUGAAUGGAUUGUUAAGAACUCUGAGGGAGAGAAAAAUGUUCUGACUUUAUCAUCUUUUGUAGCCAAAGUGGUAGAUGCACAAGAUAAGAAUGGAGAUACUGCUUUAAAUAUAGCUGCUAGGAUAGGAAAUAAGAGUAUAGUACAGCAGCUUUUAGAUAUUGGUGCAGAUGCAACCGUUCCAAAUAGAGCUGGUUUGCGGCCUCUUGAUUUUGGUAUCACUGGAGAAAUACCAUUGUCAUUUCAGGAAUUGAGAAACCAAUCUCCUGUUAUCCCUGCUACGGUUGUUCAAAAAAGUCAAGAUAUUUUUGAAUCGAUGAAAUCUAUGAUGACUAUCUUAGAUAAAGAAUUUUAUAAUGAAAUACAUAAAAAGCAAGCAUUAAUUGAUCUUGCUUAUGCACAAUUGCGUGAUGCAACAAGGACGUUGGCUGAAUUGAGAAAAAACUUGGAAAAUUCACGAGCACAAGCUAGUUAUCUUGCUGAUAUACAACAGAAAUGUAGAAACAUUGAGAGAGCAAUUAAUGAUGAGACUCUUUAUUAUUAUAAUUAUUCUGAUCCGUCUUUUAAAACAAAUAAGGAAAUUACAGAUAUUUCUUCUAAUAUAUUUAACGAAAAAAUCGAUCCAGAUGCUCCUUUUGCUGUAGAUAUUUCAUUCUUAGAUGUUAAUGAUCAAGAUUCACCUUUAUAUAUUUCUAUACCAAUUUUGCGUGCUCGUAUUUCUGCUUAUCAAAAGAAUGCUAAAGCUCUUUCUUCUCUGGCUACUUCUUUGCGUGGAAGAAGUUCUGAGUUAGAAGAUAAAUGUCGAAGGGUUGUUUCUUUGUGUAUUGGUGUUGAAGAAAGCAAAGUAGAUUCUUUAUUAGAGGGCUUAUUACAAGCAGUUGAAAGCGAUGACCAUCAAGCUGUAGAUAUGGUUCGCCUUUCUGGGUUUUUAAAAUUAAUUAAUGAAGAUCGUCAUGGAACUAAGAUAAAUUAA